GAUUGACAGUCCAAAGAUAUUUUUGCUGAGAUUUUCAUGGUAUUCAAUCUGUUGUGAUGCAACUUAUAAUGUCCAUGUUUAUGCUUGUUAGAGAUUGCCCUUGAUCAUGGAAACUGAAGAACCUAAAAAUGGAGAAUCAAGCAUGUCUUUAAUGGCACGCAAUGGUGAUUUGAGCAAUGAGGGGCUCAUCCCUCAGCUAUUUACUUCUGUGCCAGCACUUAAUGAAGCUGCUUCUUAUCUUGCACAAACGACUUCAUAUUUUACUAGCUGUUUCACUGAUUUUUCUGCAGAGCAACCUGUUUCCGGAGAUUUUAACGUUAAUGCACAAGAACUAGUCACAUUUCCUUCUGGAGAAACCCUAGGAUAUCUUUCCAGUGAUCAUCAAUCUUCGGCUGGAAGUUCUACAUUCUGUGGACCCUGUGAUACAGAGAUCGCUGCUCCAUCUGUACAUGAUGGAAGAAUGAGGAGCUCAACCGGAGCUUCAUCUCAAGAUGCUUCCGCAGUUGUGGAAUCGUCUCAUAAUGCCCAAAAUGGAACUUCCAUUUUCCGAAGCCUUGUCUCACGGGCUCGGAGGACUGUCCGUGGGUCAGCAGAUGAUGUAGGAUGGCUGCAGCGUGCUCCGGGAAUGCCUCCAGUUGAAGAUGGAACGCAAAGGUUCACGGAAUUGCUUGAGGACAUCAGACAUGGUCUACACAAAUUGCCAAACUCAAUGAUUUACUUAUUGGUUCCAGGUCUUUUCAGCAACCAUGGUCCACUUUAUUUUGUUAAUACAAAAGCCUGUUUCUCAAAGAUGGGUUUAGUGUGCCAUAUUGCCAAGAUUCACAGCGAGGCUUCUGUUGAGAAAAACGCCAGAGAAAUAAAAGAUUACAUUGAGGAAAUUUACUGGGGCUCCAAGAGGCGUGUCUUGCUUCUGGGACAUAGCAAAGGUGGGGUAGAUGCAGCUGCUGCAUUGUCUAUGUAUUGGCCCGCUUUGAAAGAUAAGGUUGCCGGGUUGGCAUUAGCACAGAGUCCAUAUGGAGGUAGCCCAAUUGCUUCAGACAUCCUGCGAGAAGAGCAGCUUGGCGAUUAUGUCAAGUUACGCAAACUCAUGGAGAUCCUGAUAUGUAAAGUGAUCAAGGGAGAUAUACAAGCUUUAGAAGACUUGACAUAUGAGAAGAGGAAGGAAUUCUUGAGGAAAUACGAAUUACCUAGAGAACUACCUGUUGUUUCAUUCCACACAGAAGCGGGUAUUACUCCAGCAGUUUUUGCUACCUUAUCUCAUGUUGCUCAUGCAGAGCUUCCUGCACCACUUGCUUCGGGGCAAUCUACAAAGCUCCCAGUUGUUAUGCCCCUUGCUGCAGCAAUGGCUGCAUGUGCACAACUGCUUCAGGUCAGGUAUGGCGAGAAAAGUGAUGGCCUGGUAACAUGUCGUGAUGCAGAGGUUCCUGGCUCCGUUGUAGUACGUCCAAAGCGUAAAUUAGACCAUGCUUGGAUGGUUUACUCAGCUUUGAACGAUGACCCUCGUGACGCUAAUGCUUCACAGGUGUGUGAGGCUCUUCUAACAUUGCUUGUCGAAGUGGGACACAAGAGGAGGCAUGCAAAUGCAAUGAAAGAUGAAUGAAGUCGCUGAGGUUAGCUUCAAGUAGAGCCCCAUUAUGUGCAUAUUGUAUUGUAAAUUUUAUCCUGUUUUUCUUCUUUGGAAUGAUUUGUUACUAAAUUUAGAUAAGGUGGGGUUGUUCCAUUUCAUAUUUUGCAGAGAAAAUUUGAUCAGUAAUUCUUAUUCA